AUGUUCUUUAGGGUGAUCUCUGGGCACACAGGCUGGGUAAGAUGUGUGGAUGUUGAACCAGGCAACGAAUGGUUCGCAACGGGCGGCGCCGAUCGAAUUGUCAAGAUAUGGGAUCUUGCGACUGGUAAACUGCGAUUGUCAUUAACGGGCCAUGUAAGUGCAGUGAGAUGCUGCAAAAUAUCGAAAAGGCAUCCAUUCUUGUUUACAGGCGGUGAAGAUAAGCAGGUGAAAUGUUGGGAUUUGGAGUACAACAAGGUGAUUCGACAUUAUCAUGGUCAUCUAAGCGCUGUCCAGGAUCUCGCACUACAUCCAACAAUUGAUAUUUUGAUCACUUGCGCGAGGGAUGCAACUGCUCGUGUCUGGGAUAUGCGAACCAAAGCACAGGUGCAUUGUUUAAGUGGACAUACAAAUACGGUGGCAUCUGUUGUUUCGCAAGCAGUUGAUCCUCAAGUGAUAACUGGCAGUCACGAUACGACAAUACGGCUGUGGGACCUCGCUGCUGGGCGAAGCGUUUGUUCCUUAACGCAUCAUAAGGUUUGCGCAUUUACAGUCGCUGCUCGAUAA